CCGGAAGCGGAUAGCGUGGAGCAAAAGUUUCGCUGUUGAGUGUGGACUUCUAAGAAAGAACCACAUUGCCUGAGGGAAGAGGCCCAGAAGAGGAGGAAGAAAAAUGAAAGAGGCGACAGGAAUGGCGUUUUCUCAGGGACGAUUGACCUUCAAGGAUGUGGCCAUAGAAUUCUCUCAGGAGGAGUGGGAGUGCCUGGACCAUGCUCAGAGGGCCUUGUACAGGGACGUGAUGCUGGAGAACUACAGGAACCUGGUCUCUCUGGAUGUUUCUCCUACACACGUGAUCAAGAAAUUACAACCAAAGGAGUAUAGUAAUACAGGAGAAGUAUUCUAGGCAAUGAUGUUGGAAAGACACAAAGGCCACGAAAUCAAAGUUUGCUUCAGGGAAAUCCAGAAAAAUGUGCAUGACUUUGAGUGGCCGUGGAGAGACGAUGAAAUAAAUUACAGAGACAUGCCUGUAACCCGUAAAUACAGUCUCACUGAUAGAAGAGAUCAAUCUGGUACAAGGGAUGCAGGAAACAAGCCUGUUGUAAAUAGGCCUGGAUUAAGCUUUCAGGAUGAAUGGCACGUGUUUCAUACUGAAGGGAAAAUGUAUGGAUGUAAUCAAGUUGAUAAGCGUGUCAACACUGGUUCCUCAGUUUCACCACUUCAAGAAAUUUCUCCUAGUGUCCAAACCAACAUUUCUAAUAAACAUGGGAGUGAUUUUAUUCAGACUUCGACACUAACACAUGAUGAGAAAUCAUAUGGGGAAAAACCUUACAAAUGUCAUGACUGUGGCAAAACCUUUAAUCAGGGUUCACACCUCAGCAUACAUCAGAUAAUUCAUACAGGAAAGAAACCAUAUAAAUGUCAUGUAUGUGAAAAGCUCUUCAGUCAAAAUUCACACCUUGCAAAUCACCAGAGAAUACACGCUGGACAGAAACCUUACAAAUGUAACGGGUGUGGCAAAGCCUUUAGUGUACAUUCAAGCCUAACAAACCAACAGCUAAUCCAUACUGGAGAGAAACCUUACCAAUGUAGUGAAUGUGGCAAGGCUUUUUGCCAGAGUUCAAAACUGGUAAAACAUCACAGAAUUCAUAGAGAGAAACCACACAAGUGUAAUGAGUGUGGUAAAGCUUUUAUCCAAAGUUCAAACCUGGUUGACCAUCAGAAAAGUCAUACUGGAGAGAAACCAUAUAAAUGUACUGAAUGUGGCAAGGCCUUCAGGAUUCACCAGAGAAUUCAUGCUGGAAAGAAACCUUUCAAAUGCCAGUGUGGCAAAGCCUUUACUCAGGGCUCACACCUCACUAAACAUCAGAUAAUCCAUACUGGAGAGAAACCUUACCGAUGUAAUGAAUGUGGCAAAGCCUUUACCAAGCAUUCACACCCUAGGCAUCAUGGGAGAAAUUAUACUGGAGAGAAGUCAUAUCCAUGUGUUGAAUGUGGCAAAACCUUUCGGUAAUGGUCUGACAUCAGGAUUCACCAAAGAAUUCAUGCUGGACAGAAACCUUUCAAAUGUAAUGAGUAUGGAAAAGCCUUUACUCAAGGCUCACACCUCAGUACACAUCAAAUAAUCCAUACCAGAGAGAAACUUUACAAGUGUAAUGAGUGUGGCAAGGUCUUCAGUCAAAAUUCACACCUUAUAAAUCCCCAGAGAAUCCAUACAGGCGAGAGACCUUUCAAAUGUAAGGAGUGUGGCAAAUCCUUCAGCAUCCAUGCAAGCUUAAAUAAACAUCAGGUAAUCCAUACGGGCGAGAGACCUUACAAAUGUAAUGAGUGUGGCAAGGCUUUUAUCACGGGCUCACACCUUAGACUUCAUGAGAAAAUUCAUUCUGGAGAAAAAACAUACAAAUGUAUUGAAUGUGGCAAGGCUUUUAGACAAUGGUCUGACCUCAGGAUUCACCAAAGAAUUCAUCCUGGAGAAAAACCUUACAAAUGCCAUGAGCGUGGCAAAGCCUUUACUCGAGGCUCACCCCUCACCAGUCAUCAGAUAAUCCAUACUGGAGAGAGCCUUAUAAAUGUACUGAAUGUGGCAAGGCUUUUAGGUAUUGCCUUAAACUCAGGGUUCACCAAAUCAUUCAUAUUUACAAAUGCAACAAAUGUGGCAAUGUUUUAAAUUAGUACUCUUCACUGGAUAUGAGUAAAUAUCCUGGAGAGAAACCACACAGAUGUAAUGUGUGUGACAAGGAUUUUACCCAAAGAUCAAAAGUUCGGGAACAUACUAGAGCAUAUACCUUAUAAAUGCGAUGAGUGUGGCAAAGCUCUUAGCUUGAGUUCCAAGUAUUUUGCAACAAGAGUCGAUGUUGAAAGGAAACCAUGUAAGUGUUUGUGGCAGAGCCAUUAUCCAGUCCUUGCAGAGAAAUCACAGAAAACUAAUGUGCGUGCUAAGGCUUUUGCCCCAAGGCCAAAACAUCAGAGGAUUUAUAUUGAAGAGCCACCUUACAAAUGGAAAUAAUGCCAUAAGGCUUUCAUUAAGUGCUCACACCUUUGGAGUAAUGAGAGAAUUUAUGCAGGGAAACUAUACCAAAUAUGCUGAAUGUGGAGAUACCUUUAAGAAACUGUGCGUCCUUAGGAUUCACCAACAAAUUGGUACUGGGGAGAUUCCUUGCAAAUCCUUACAAAUAUGAUAAGUAUUUUGACCAGUUCACAGAACAGACCACACAUUAGAGAAUCCAGGCGUAAUUGGAUCCAACUGGAAUAACUAGGACUUUAGAACUCGGAGAUUAACCUGAAAUGUUCCACACUGCAUGAUAAUUAUGUCACAAAUUGUUAAAACUCCUAUAUCAUGGGAACAAGGACAUGUGUGGAAGUAGCUCAUGAUUUUCUGUGUAUAAGAUACUUACCUGAGUUUUCUUGAAAAGGCUAUAUUUUAUGAGUUUGAGUUACAUUUUAUUUAUGAGUUUCACCCUCAAGUUUGAAAUCUGUUGAUCUUAAGCCUUUCCUGAUGGUCUCUGAGGAGCAGUCAUAAGAUGAAGGGGCCUACUUCAUUGUGUGUGACCCAUUCAUAUCCGUGUUCCCUGGAACAGCAAGGACACGGAGUUGUCAGAUUCAAUUUUGUGUGAAUUUGCAUGGGGUAGGGGCAGAGAAUAAUGCAAAAUCACCCUUGAAGUUGUCAUGCGUGUUAUGAUCAGGGCACUCUCUUCUCUAGAUGAGUUACAGGGACCUUUUCAUGAGAUGAUGGUGAUAGUUUGUUUGCUAGGGACAGAUUAUGUGGUAGAAACAACACAGGGGAAAAUAGUAAUAGCUGUGCUAUACUAUCAAUGACAAACUGAUGGAUCAUUAAUGCCAUUUCCCUUUUCUUGGAAAAUGAAGAGAGCAGUUAUCUGAGAGGGCAGUUGAAUCCAGAGAACCAGAACAGUAUGUUCAUGAUUCAUAGUUAACUCCUGCCAUUACAUUUUGCUACUAUUUUCUGCAGGAUGUAUCACAAG